AUGGUCCUGGCUCACACUGUUAAUGGUCUUGUCGACCUGACUCGACCAGCCACAGCCUCGACCAGUCACGCCGCCCCAAUCAGCCACCAUCCAACCAGUCACACUGCCUCAACCAGUCACACUGCCUCAACCAGUCACACUGCCUCAACCAGUCACACUGCCUCAACCAGUCACACUGCCUCAACCAGUCACACCGCCCCAACCAGUCACACCGCCCCAACCAGUCACACCGCCCCAACCAGUCACACCGCCCCAACCAGUCACACCGCCCCAACCAGUCACACCGCCCCAACCAGUCACACCGCCUCAACCAGUCACACCGCCCCAACCAGUCACACCGCCCCAACCAGCCACACCGCCCCAACCAGUCACACCGCCCCAACCAGUCACACCGCCUCAACCAGUCACACCGCCUCAACCAGUCACACCGCCUCAACCAGCCACACAGCCCCAACCAGCCACACCGCCCCAACCAGUCACACCGCCCCAACCAGUCACACCGCCCCAACCAGUCACACCGCCCCAACCAGCCACACCGCCCCAACCAGUCACACAGCCUCGGCCAGUCACACAGCCUCGGCCAGUCACACAGCCUCGGCCAGUCACACAGCCUCAACCAGUCACACCGCCCCAACCAGCCACACCGCCCCAACCAGUCACACCGCCCCAACCAGUCACACCGCCUCAACCAGUCACACCGCAUCAACCAGUCACACCGCCUCAACCAGUCACACCGCCUCAACCAGCCACACAGCCUCAACCAGUCACACCGCCCCAACCAGCCACACCGCCCCAACAGUCACACCGCCCCAACCAGCCACACCGCCCCAACCAGUCACACCGCCCCAACCAGUCACACCGCCCCAACCAGUCACACCGCCCCAACCAGUCACACCGCCCCAACCAGUCACACCGCCCCAACCAGUCACACCGCCCCAACCAGCCACACCGCCUCAACCAGUCACACCGCCCCAACCAGUCACACCGCCCCAACAGUCACACCGCCCCAACCAGUCACACCGCCCCAACCAGUCACACCGCCCCAACCAGUCACACCGCCCCAACCAGCCACACCGCCUCAACCAGUCACACCGCCCCAACCAGUCACACCGCCCCAACCAGUCACACCGCCCCAACCAGUCACACCGCCUCAACCAGUCACACCGCCCAACCAGCCACGCCGCCCCAACCAGUCACACCGCCUCAACCAGUCACACCGCCCCAACCAGUCACACUGCCCCAACCAGUCACACCGCCUCAACCAGUCACACUGCCUCAACCAGUCACACUGCCUCAACCAGUCACACCGCCUCAACCAGUCACACCGCCUCAACCAGUCACACUGCCCCAACCAGUCACACAGCCUCGGCCAGUCACACAGCCUCGGCCAGUCACACAGCCUCGGCCAGUCACACAGCCUCAACCAGUCACACAGCCUCAACCAGUCACACCGCCUCAGCCAGUCACACUGCCUCAACCAGUCACACUGCCUCAACCAGUCACACUGCCUCAACCAGUCACACCGCCUCAACCAGCCACAGCCUCAACCAGCCACAGCCUCAACCAGCCACAGCCUCAACCAGCCACAGCCUCAACCAGUCACAGCCUCAACCAGUCACAGCCUCAACCAGCCACAGCCUCAACCAGCCACAGCCUCAACCAGCCACAGCCUCAACCAGUCACAGCCUCAACCAGCCACAGCCUCAACCAGUCACCACCUCAACCAAGCCUCAACCAGCACAGCCUCAACCAGCCACAUCCUGA